GUUACUGCAAGUCAACAUCGGUUACUUUUAUAUCGGAAGAACAGAAUUGGAUAGGAGACGAGUCAACAUUUUUAGGAAAGCUUGUACCUCAAUUAAGUAACCAAUAACGCCUCUCUCAUUCCUGUGGUCGUUGAAAAGAAUGGACUUUCACAAUUUGUCCAGGGAAGAGACAAUGGUUGGUGGUGGUGAUGCAUUCAUCGGCGUUGGGAGAUUUGCAAACUGUUGUACCUUUUGUAGUAGAUACUAUUACUCCAGGGAUAGGAAAAGUAUAAGCUUUGAAAAGCAAUUCGAAAUACUCUUAUCUGCUAAAAGUAGUAGUUUCAAUGGGCAUAAGGACUUCAUCAAAGGACUUGAGGCAACUGAUAAUCCUUGCAAGAUAUUUCACCCACAUUUCAGUCGCGACUGUCCAAAUAUUCACCUCCGAAAACAACUUUUCACUGAAUCCAAGAGGUUGAGUGGAGCAGAAGACGAGUUUUUACGUUCAAGUGUCACAGAUGGUGUGUUUCGAGAAAGUCAUCCGUCAAGUAGUCGGUCAGUGAAGGAAACGAGAGCCUCAACAAGUUUCUUUGACCCAACUGUAACGCGUUCGCGGGGUAGCUCUAGAAAAAUCUCAGCGAAUUCUACUUCGGCUAAGCUUCAUUCUAACAAUACAAGAGUUUCAAAGAAACCAGCUAGCCUUCAAGUCGUUGAAGCCAACGAAACUCCUGUUCCGUUUACAAGUUUUCAGUUGUCGAAGAAAAUUUUAGAGAUAUUGGAGGAACGGGGUUUGCGAGACGCGACGCCUAUUCAGUCUGCCACUUUUGAACUUAUAUACAGUGGCCGGGAUAUAAUUGGAAGAAGUCGUACUGGAACAGGGAAGACCCUUGCGUUUGUGCUCCCUAUUAUGCAGAAGUUGGUGGAGCAACUUGAAACUCACAAUAUUGAUCGAGUCUCGGAAAUUCAGUGCUUGGUUUUAGCUCCUACCAGGGAGUUAGCGAAGCAAGUGGAACAAGAAUUUUCGGCCUUUGCAAAAUGUUUUCGUUUUCGCACCAGUUGUUUUUUUGGAGGAUCAUCUUAUGAAGUUCAGCAACGUGCUAUUAAAAGAGGAAUCGAUAUUUUAGUAGCCACUCCAGGACGACUCAUUGAUCUUUUAGAGAGAGGAAGCGUUGAUUUACUGAAAGUUAAGUUUUUUGUUUUGGACGAAGCAGAUGAAAUGCUCUCAAUGGGUUUUGCUGAAGAUAUUGACAAGAUUUCGACCUACUUGCCACCAACUCGAGAGAGACAAACACUUUUGUUUUCAGCAACUAUACCACCAUGGGUCCAGGAACUUGCCAAAUCGAAUAAAAAUAAUCCUAUCAUAGUAGACGCGAUUGGAAACAAAGACACUAAGACGUCAACUACUGUUGAGCAUAUUGCUCUUCGUGUUCCUCCAACUGAGCUUUCUAGAAAGCUAAUACUUGAGUCUGUGAUAAGUGUGUACAGUGCAGAAAUGACCAAUUUUCGCUGCAUAGUAUUUGCAAGAACGAAGGCAGAAGUAGACUCCUUGGUUUCUAGUGGCCGAAUCCACAACGGUGCAGCACAAGCUUUACAUGGAGAUAUAACUCAAAAGCAACGAGAAAUCACUCUUUCCAAGUUCAGAGAAGGUUCAUUUCAAGUUUUAAUUGCAACAGAUGUAGCAGCUCGGGGUUUAGAUAUUAAUGGAGUGGAUUUGGUAAUACAGUAUCGUGUUCCGGAGGAUAUUGAUAUGUACAUUCACCGUGCUGGUCGUACCGGUCGAGCGGGAAGGCAAGGAACUUGUAUUAUUUUGUACACGGACGAAGAACGAAAUAAGCUUACUCUAAUGGAGAAUGUUUGUAAGAUCCGUUUUCGUUUAGAAAGCCCACCAUCUAUACAACAAGUGAUAGAAACGAAGGCCAAUGGUUUUUUACGUGCAUCUCAAGCCGUUGAAGGAAAAUGGGUUGAGCCACUUAUACCCGUUGUAAAGGAAUAUAUCGAAAGCUUACAUAUUGAAGGAGAAGAAAGAGAAAAACAGUUUCCUUUUGUUCUGGCUUCGCUGUUAGCUGUGGCAAUGGGUCAGCUGAAUAUGCCGCAGGUGAGUAUAUUAAGCGGUGAGGAGAAUAUGUGUCCCAUACUCGUCAAAUCCAAAACAGUCUUAACUGUAAGUUAUAUUGUCCGUAUCGUUUCACGUUUGUUGGAGGACAAAGGUUUUGAGAGCAGAGUUGGACUUGUAUCAAUUUGUGCUGAUACGAAAAUGGCUGUGUUUGAUUUGAAGAAUGAUAUAGCAGAGAGAUUUGUACGAGAAGCAAAUAGAUCGAUGGAGUCGUCGAAGAGUCUAAGCCACCUUUUAUUUGAACUAUGUAGCGUGAUUCCACCUCUUUUGGAACCGAAUACUGCUAAAAGUUUAGAACGGAAACGAGAAUAUCAUCGAAGAAGUUGAAUUUUCCUUAAAGAGCUUAAAUAAAAAAAUUUCUUGAGUAGGAAAUGAUGACAUUGGAUAAUCAAUUUGGUGGGAUAAUUGAGAUGCAUG